AUGCGCGCGAACAGCGUCACGAAGGAGCCCGCGAUACAGUCGUGGUGGGCGGAGAACGGCGUGUACGAGCAGAUCGCGAGCAGAGAGGGCGCGAACGGGGAGACGUUCACGCUGCACGACGGGCCGCCCUACGCAAACGGAGAUUUACACAUCGGACACGCGCUCAACAAAAUUCUGAAAGACUUCGUGUGCCGGUACGAGGCUCUGAAAGGGAAACGCGUCCGGUUCGUCCCCGGGUGGGACUGCCACGGCCUCCCGAUCGAGCUGAAAGUGCUGCAGAGCAUGGACAAGGAGAAGCGCGCGGAGCUGACGCCGAUCAAGCUGCGUAAAAAAGCGCGAAAUUUCGCUCUGAAAACCGUCGACGCGCAGCGCGAACAGGCGCGUUCUUUCAAGCGCUACGGCGUCUGGGCGGACUGGGAAGACCCGUACCUCACGCUCCUCCCCGAGUACGAGGGCGCGCAGAUGGAGGUGUUCGGACAGAUGUUCUUAAACGGCCACGUGUACCGAGGGAAGAAGCCCGUGCACUGGUCGCCGUCGUCGAUGACGGCGCUCGCGGAGGCGGAGCUGGAGUACCCCGAGGGGCACGUGUCCACGUCCGUGUACGUCGCGUUUCCGAUCAACGCAGACGACGAAGCCGCGAAUUUCCCGGCGGAGCACAGAGAGAAGCUGAAGAACGCGAGCCUCGCGGUGUGGACGACGACGCCGUGGACGAUGCCCGCGAACGCGGCGGUCGCCGUCAACGACAAGCUCUCGUAUUCCCUCUGCGAAGUCACCGGCGUCGCCGCGACGAAAGAAGACGCCCCCUCGAGCGACGCCGCCGCGAUGGUCGGCAAGACGCUCAUCGUCGCGACCGACCUCGUCUCCGACGUCGCGUCGCGGUGGGGCCUGACGCUCGCCGCCGUCGCCGACGUCGCGGGCGCGCAACUCGAGGGUUUAACGUACGCGCACCCGUUUUACCCCGCAGAUGGAGAGUACAUCACCACCGAGAGCGGCACGGGGCUCGUGCACACCGCGCCGGGGCACGGCCAGGAGGAUUACAUCACCGGCCUCAAGCACGGUCUGCCGCUGAUAUCCCCCGUGGACGACGCGGGGAAAUUCACGGAGGACGCCGGCGAUGAUUUGAACGGCCUCGCGGUGCUCGACGCCGGGAACGCCGCGUGCGUCGAGAAGCUUCGCGACGUCGGCGCGCUCAUCAUGACCGAGGCGUACGGACACAAGUACCCGUACGACUGGCGGACGAAGAAGCCGACCAUCUUCCGUGCCACGGAGCAGUGGUUCGCCUCAGUGGAGGGGUUUCGGGACGAAGCGCUGAAGGCGCUCGACGGCAUCGAGUUCAUCCCCGCGUCUGGCGCGAAGCGCAUGCGGCCGAUGGUGAGCGGCCGGAACGACUGGUGCAUCUCGCGGCAGCGCUCGUGGGGCGUCCCGAUCCCGUGCUUCUACGACGUCGAGACGAGGGAGCCGCUCAUGGACGAGCGCACGAUUAAACACGUCACGGAGAUUGUCCGGGAGAAGGGCACGGACGCGUGGUGGGAGAUGGACCUCGUCGACCUCCUCCCGGAGGAGUACAAAGACCGCGCGGACUCUCUCGUCCGCGGCACGGACACGAUGGACGUGUGGUUCGACAGCGGGAGCUCGUGGGCGGGCGUGUGCAAAGCGCGCGGGCUGAACUAUCCCGCGGACAUGUACCUCGAGGGGAGCGACCAGCACCGCGGGUGGUUCCAGAGCAGCCUGCUCACGGGCGUCGCCGCCGCGGGACAGGCGCCUUACAAGACGAUCCUCACGCACGGGUUCGUGCUGGACGAGAAAGGGUACAAGAUGUCCAAGUCGCUCGGGAACGUGAUCGACCCGCGGCUCGUCAUCGAGGGCGGGAAGAACCAGAAGCAAGACCCGGCGUUCGGCGCCGAUACCCUGCGGCUGUGGGUCGCGAGCACGGAUUACACCUCGGACGUGCUCAUCGGAAUGAACGUGUUGAAGCAAACCUCGGACGCGUACCGCAAGCUCCGAGGCACGCUGCGGUUUCUCAUGGGCAACAUCGGCGACUUCGCGCCGGAGAAAGACGGCGUAAAGUACGAAGACCUCCCGGCCUUUGAGCGCUACGCGCUUCGGCGCACCGCGGCGAUGGUGAACGAGAUGGAGCGACACUACCAGAAUUUCGCCUACUCGGGCGCGACGGCGACGCUUCAGGCGCGUUCUUCGUUCACGACGUUCCUCAGCAACGUGUACCUGGACGUCAGCAAGGACCGGCUGUACAUCGAGAGCCCAAACUCCCCCGAGCGCCGCGCGUGCCAGACCGUCGUCGCGCACGUCGUCGAGAGCCUCCUCGCGUGCUCCGUGUUUCUCGCCGGGUGGAAGACGCCGCCCGCGGAGUGGCACGACGGGAGCCACAACGGCGGGAUGUCCGACGCGGACUACGCGUUCUGGAACUCCAUUCUCGCGGUCCGCGGCGAGGUGAACCGCGCGCUGGAGAUCGCGCGCGGGGAAAAGAUCAUCGGCGCGUCGCUCGAGGCGUCCGCGGCGGUGUACGCGUCUGACGCGUCGUUCGCCGAGCGCCUCGCCGCUGCGACGGACGACCUGAAACGCGUCACGCUCGUCUCCGAGAUGACCGUCGUGGCCGACGAGGCGGAGAUUUCGAACGCGUGCGGCGGCGACGGCGUCGGCGCCGUCACCGAGCUCGACGUGACCGCUCUGGAGAGCGAUCGAUCGACGGCGGGCGCCGCGGAGGUCAUCAGAGGCGGCGCGGAGGGAUCCGGGCGGGUCGUCGUCGGCGUGCGGCGCGCGACGGGGACCAAGUGCGCGCGGUGUUGGGAGUACACGACGGACGCGGGGAGCGACGAGCGGCACCCGGAGCUGUGCGCGCGGUGCACGCCGAUCGUGAUCGCGAUCGAUCCGGAAUUGAGGGCGCCGGUGAAAGCGGCGGAGGGCGUGGCGGCGUGAUCGAAUAAUUAAUUUUUGACCAAACGCAUCCAUCAUCG